GCUCUUCACACCUGGCCUCGACCCUCAUGCAUCCGUCGUGGACCAGGCACAAUGAAGAUACUAUGGCAGCUGCUGUUAAUAUCCCUGGUUCCGGUCCAGGCGAUCGAAAUGAAGCUGGAUGAUAUUGCCUCCGUGAAGGAAGCAUGCCAGACAAUCGCGAAGAAUAUGGUCUCGUACUAUACGGGAUACAAACCAGGCGAUGUGCCAGGAAAUUUGCCAGACCCGUACUACUGGUGGGAGGCUGGGGCGAUGUUCAACGCACUGAUCGACUACUGGGCCUACACAGGAGACGACCAGUGGAACGAGAUCACGACUCAGGGUCUCGUCCACCAAGCAGGUAACAACGGCGCAUUUAUGCCGUCGAAUCAGACAAGAACGGAGGGGAACGACGACCAGGGGUUUUGGGCAUUCGCAGCGAUGUCGGCGGCAGAGAGGAACUUUCCCCAACCCCCAGGCGAUGGACCGGACUGGCUGGCGAUGGCCCAGGCAACGUUCAACACUCAGGCCAGCCGAUGGGACGAUGAGCACUGCGGCGGAGGGCUGCGGUGGCAGAUAUUCGCCUGGAACGGGGGCUAUUCAUAUAAAAACACCAUAUCAAACGGGUGCUUCUUCAACCUCGCCGCACGACUCGCAAGAUACACAGGGAACCAAACGUAUGCCGACUGGGCGACCAAGAUAUUCGACUGGACACAGGAUGUCGGGUUCAUGACGCACGACUACCUGUUCUACGACGGAGCCGAUUCCGGAGACAACUGCACCAAGAUGGACCGCGUGCAGUGGACGUAUAACUCCGGCGUAUACCUGCUCGGUGCUGCCGCGAUGUAUAACUUUACGGACGGGGAUCCGAGGUGGAAAGAACGAACAGAAGGCAUCCUCAAAGCUGCAGACGUCUUCUUCACCGAUAAGCCCAAGGACGUCCUAUACGAGCGAGCGUGCGAGCCAGUGGACACCUGCAAGGUGGACCAGCGAUCAUUCAAAGGAUACCUCGCCCGCUGGAUGGCGGCAUCGACGCAGCUUGCCCCGUUCACUUACGACAUGAUAAUGCCAAAGCUGCGCGCUUCAGCAAGCGCCGCUGCGAAGACAUGUGCAGGAGGACCGAGAAACACUUCAUGCGGGCUAAAGUGGACAGACCAGAAGUACACCAAACAGCCCCUGGACAUCGGGUUGGAGAUGGCGGCGCUGGACGUGAUACAGUCCACGCUGAUCCACAGGAUAGAUGCACCGGUCACCCGAGAGGACGGGGGGAUCAGUAAAGGAAACCCAGCAGCAGGAUCGGAGAACCCCCGACAGUCGCUGCCAGACAUGGUGACUCGGAAUAUCAGCGUGGCGGACCGACACUCUCGCAGCCGUUUACGUUUAAUCCUACUUGUAUUUACUUUCAACAUGGGCUCUGCUGCUCCCGUAUUCGAGAUCCCCACACACUGCAAGGCCGGCAUUAUCGAGGACGCCGGCCCUAACUUCAAGGUCAAGGUCGCCCAGGUUCCAGUACCCACGCCAGGCCCGGAUGAUAUCCUGAUCAAGCUCAACGUAACCGGCCUUUGCCAGUCGGACCUGCACUAUAUGCUGGACGACCUAGGCAUAUCAAUGGCCACAUUCGGCGUGUGCUCCCCCGGCCACGAAGGCGCCGGAAUCGUAGUCCAAACCGGCGCAAACGUCAAGACCUUCAAACUCGGCGACCGCGCAGGGAUCAAGCCCAUCAUGGACACAUGCGGGACAUGCCCAUCAUGCUGGAGCGACAAGGAGACAUACUGCGCAGGCGUCGUCCAUACAGGCCUCAUGGUCCCUGGCACGUACCAACAAUACAUCGUAUCACCGGCCCAUUACGCCACGCCCAUCCCCGACGGCAUCCCCGACGAGGUCGCCGCACCGGUAAUGUGCAAGUCCCGGCUCCAACCAGGCGACUGGGCCGUAUUCCCCGGCGGAGGCGGCGGCGUAGGAAUCCAAGGUGUGCAGCUCGCACAGGCGAUGGGGAUGCGCCCCAUCGUGGUAGACACGGGCGAAGAGAAGCGCGCGCUCGCGAUGAAAAUGGGCGCUGAGGCCUUUGUCGACUUCAAAGCUGUCCCCGACGCCGCGGCAGCCGUGGUCGAGGCCGCGGAUGGAAUUGGCGGGCAUGGGGUGUUUGUCACUGCGCAGGCGGCGUAUCCUACUGCGCUUGCGUAUCUGGGGCAGCGGGUUGGUGGUGUUGUGAUGUGCAUUGGGAUUGCGCCUGCUGGGUCCAUGACGAUUCCGGUGGACCCGAAUUUGCUUCUGUUUAAGAACACGAGGAUCCAGGGGACGCUCGUUGGUAGUAGGCAUGAUACGACGAGGGCGCUGGACUUUGCGCGCAGGGGGAAGCUGAGGCAGAUCUGUGAGGUUUAUCCUAUUGAUCGCCUGCCUGAGGCUGUGGAUAAGCUGCGAAAGGGACUGGUUGCUGGGAGGAUAGUUGUUGAUUUUAACCAGUAG